ACUAUGUUCGUGCCAGCGACUCCGAUCUUCCGGCGGUAUGCUCUGAGAAACUCGUCUUACCAUCGACCUCGGCAGUGGAGGUGGACUCGUCUUGGCUUAAUUCCCUCAGGAAGAUGACCUUUUCUGCUGGUGACAGCACGAGGUUGUCUAAGACCAAAAGGAGAAAAUCCGCUGGAGAUGUUAUGAAAUCAUUCUCUCUUCCUUCACUUGACUCUAAGGACGACUCGCCGUCCAAGAGAGACCAGGCUAUGAGUCCAGUUCACCAAGCCGAAGAACAGUGCGGACCCAUUAUAGGGCCAGCAACAAGUCUUCGUCGAGAAGGCUCUUGGACUCGUCUUUGUCGUAGACUAUCCGGCAAAGUUUUCAAGAAUCGACCACAAGGCUCAGAAGAAGCAUCAGGUCUGGAUCAAUCAUUUAGCGUUGCCACUGGUCUGUUCCGUAUUCUCGAGCAAGAAGUACCUGCAUCCUGCGGCCAACCUUUAACAGCAGGCUUAGAGCCGAUCUAG